GGAACUGCUUAGACUUAAUGUAAAUCAGUGUGGUGCAUUUGCCAUUAAUGUUGUCGUUGGUUCAAGUGCAGGUCAAUAGCAUUGUUAGUAGGCAGCAAGUGGGCGCUUGUAAAUGGCAUUAAAUAAAUCUAGACCACAAUUUGAUUGUGCUAAAUAGUGGUCACUAGUCCAGAUUAUUAGGGAUGUUCUCUGUAUGAACUUGUGUAGUCUGUCAAAAAGCCUGGAGAUCAUGACAUAAUUGCCAUUAACAACUAUUACAGUUUGGUUCACGCAAAGCAUAAAGUUGGUUUAUCCCUUGGUGGUAGAUUUUAGAGCUUUUCAAUGUGCCUAAGAACACUAGAGGUACAUUGUCAAAUCGGAUGGGCCUAGAGGAAAUUGGAUCUAUAAUGUAUUUGACGCAAUGGUUACAUUCUCAUGCAAAUGCCAUAAAAGAUCAGAAAGAUAAUGUAAAAUGCAUGUAUUUUCUGGAGAUGGUCACCCUUCAUACCCUGGCUCCCGGAUGUCGCAUCCAGUUUUACCCAGGGAACAGAACAUUUAAAAACUGAGGAUGGUACUACUUGAACUUGUCCAACGAGAAUACUAAUUUUCGCUUUCAGUUAUUUGAAAGGUUUUGCUAUUUUGUGUGCUCUGAACAAGACCAUGGUGUGUGUACAUGACUGUAAGUCGCUUUGGAUAAAAGUGUCUGCUAAAUGGCUUAUUAUUACUUGUCUUCCAGUGGAGUUAAUUCCUCCAUCCCACAGAUGGUGAUAACUGUUCACUAGUCACCUGGCUUUCCCCACCCUUGGGGGUAUGUAGGGUGCUUCUUAUCACUUCUGUUCUGGUGGGAUCCACUUCCCACUGCUUUUGAGCAGAGUUGUAGUUUGUUUUACCGAAGACCCUGCCCUGUUCACCUGGACUCUGUUAUUGAUUGUUCCCUCACUCACCAAGGACUUUAUUCAAGAUAGGAUGCUAUAAUAUUCUGGACAAUUUUAUGUGUGUGGGCUACUGUGCUUUGUUUUGUUUGUUUUUUUUGCAUUGGGGAUGUCUGGCAAUGGCCCAGCACAUUUGUUGUAUGCACCACAUCUCUGUUGGAAUUAUAACAGCAUCUCAUGACUAGCUAUAAAGAUACAAAUAUAAUUUAAAUAGUAUAUUCUCAAUUGUAUUGUGAACUGAUUUCUCUGCACUUCUAUAGUAUUGCUGACGGUGGCAAAGACUGCUUGUCUGUGGCUGUGGUGUGUAGGAAUUAAGUGACGUAUACGGAAAAGAAGCUGCUCUCGCGAGGGUUUUGCAUAGACACGGGGUUUUGAUAUCAAGGGUUGAGCCAGGUUGAGCCCGUGGGUAAGUGUCCACAAACUGACAGUGAUUGUACACAAAGAUAUCGCGCUUGUAACGAUUUCUUGGCAUUCGUGGGGAUUUAAGCUUGAAUAAAAAGUAUUGGUCUGUGAUAAAUGCAGAUCCUUUCUGUAUUAUCAGUUAUAAAUAGAGCUAAUAUGGCGACGGUGCUGUGCUUGCAGAUGCUACCCUGCCUAAAUGGGCGGUGUGGAUGGAUAGAGCUAGCUAGCUUGAUGAUGGGUAUAAAAGGAAUUACUGAAUAUGAGUGAUGACAAACCUUUCUUAUGUACUGCUCCUGGGUGUGGUCAGCGAUUUACAAAUGAAGACCACUUGGCUGUCCACAAACACAAACAUGAGAUGACACUCAAGUUUGGUCCAGCAAGGGACAACAGUGUCAUCGUUGCUGACCAAACACCAACACCUACACGCUUUCUGAAGAACUGUGAGGAAGUGGGACUCUUCAAUGAGCUUACCAGUCCAUUUGAGCAUGACUUCAAAAAAGCUGCUGAGGAUGACCUCAAAAAGAUGCCCUUGGAUCUGUCGCCUCUUGCCACACCAAUGAUCAUACGAAACAAAAUUGAGGACCACUCAACUGCGGAGGCACAUCAGGGCAGCACUCUGCCCCAUCCGGAAUCUACAACGAGUGACGACAAGGAGGUAUCUUUGCAGCCGACCUCAAUGCCAACCUCUACUAUAGUCCAUCCUGCAUCCCUCCAAGUCCCCAAUGUACUCCUAGCAACCUCAGAUGCUAGUGUUGUUAUACAGCAAGCUCUCCCAUCGCCAACAUCUAGCUCUGUAAUUACCCAAGUCCCAUCCUCUAAUAGGCCAAUAGUUCCAGUCUCUGGCACUUUUCCUGUACUCUUUCAGCUGCCUAAUGGACAAACCAUGCCCGUCGCAAUCCCAGCAACCAUCGCAUCCAGUGUACAUAUUCCAACCGCAAUUCCUCUUGUCAGACCCGUCACCGUAGUGCCUAACGUCCCUGGGAUCCCUGGACCCCCCUCGCCUCAAGCCGUCCAAUCAGAAGCUAAGCUGAAGCGGAAGGCGGUACUAAGCCAGCAGCUCCCUCAGGUAACCAAUGGAGAUGCUGGUGAUGUCCAGAGCAGUGCUGUGACCCACACUGUAGCCCCCGCCCUGGCCCCUCCCCCUGCCCCAUCUCCGUCUCCUGGCCCUCCCCCGGCCCCGCCUGAGGAACCCUGCCCCCAGACCCUCCAGCAGCCUGCCAUCUCCACCACUGAGACGUCUGCGUCCAAGGCGCCCCCUGCCCAGCACACCCCGAGCACAGGGGGCCGGCGCCGCAGAGCCACCAGCGAGGACCCGGAUGAGAAGAGGCGAAAGUUCCUGGAACGCAACCGAGCGGCGGCGUCCCGCUGCAGACAGAAGAGGAAGGUCUGGGUGUCUUCACUGGAGAAGAAGGCUGAGGACCUCAACUCUAUGAACGGACAACUACAGAAUGAAGUCACCCUGCUGAGAAAUGAAGUGGCUCAGCUGAAGCAGCUUCUUCUGGCUCAUAAAGAUUGCCCUGUAACUGCCAUGCAGAAGAAAUCUGCCUAUCACACAUCUGAGAAGGAGGACCGCUGUGAGGAGAUGUCAGUCCCAGGCAGCCCCCAGAACGAGGCCAUCCAGCACAGCUCCGUCAGCACCUCCAACGGAGUCAGCUCCUCCUCCAUGACCCCUGCUGCCUCCGCCCCCGCAACAGCAGACCAGAGCACAGAGGAUGGCCAGGCACAGGGGGGCGCUGCCCUGUCCACCAUCCAGACUCAGCCCUCAGGAAGCUGAUCACCCCCACCGCACCGCAGACAGUGCCCCAGCCUCGCUGCUGCCUCUGUAGGGGAAAGGAACUCUCACUCUGCUUCUGUUUGGACUAUACUGUCUCUGCUCAUUGUUUGGUUUCUGUGUCUUUCGAUGUUCUUGGAAUGCAAUGGUUUGUUGGAUUUUUGGUAAAGAUGCAAAAUAAGUCCCUUUACGAAUGGUUUGAAGAUGGAUGAUUGUCUUAUUUCCUCCUCGUUUUGUAUUCAUUUGAUUUAUUUAUUGACUGUGUACACAUGUCCUUUUUGUUUUGGACCUCUGUGAACUAUGAAGUUGUAAUGAUUGAGUCAGUGCAUUGUCAAUGAGACCUUACCAAAGUGUGUUGUGGCUCACUUGGAAUGUAUUUGUUUUUAAUGUCCUUUUAUAAGCACUAUCUUUAUCUUAUGGUGAGAAGAUGUAAGGAGCAGUCACUUUUUUUUUAUUGUUUAGCCUUUUUCAUUUUGCACAUAACAACAGAUGAAGGGUUUAACUUUUUAGUGUUUUUUGAUUGUUCCAAUAAGACGUACUGGCAGCUUUUUGAGGUAGAUUUCAAUACCUGUCUCGUUACAAAACUUCAACGGUUUAAUCAGAUUUUAACUGACAACGUUUUUGUGAGUGAUUUAGUUUGGCUACGUCUGCCGGUAGGUAGCAUGAUGUGGUUUAAAUGUUCAGAGUUGCCUCCACUUGUAAAAUAGAAGCUUGGGUAGAAUUUAUGUGCAUUCUUUGACCAACAUUCAAUUUGUAGUUUGAUUGUUCCAUGAAGCAGUGAAUGUAGGAUUGCAGUACAUUUUACAUUACAUAAACAUGUUGAUGUUGACUUAACCAUGUGCCAUUAAGUUUAUCACACAGAUUGAUUUGUCACUAGAAUUAGUAUGAAUUAUGUUUUCCAUCAUGAGCGUUUCCAUGUACAUAAUUGCUUGGUGUAGGAGAUAUGUUUCUGCUUACUAAGUGACUUGCUUUGAUGUUUGACUGAACACUCUUGAGGAAAUAUUACACUUACUCCUUAAGUUAAGAAUAUUACAUUUUUAGGAAACAUUGUGAAUAACAUCAUUACUAAUACAUUGUGUUUUUUCCAGAUGUCAUAACUUUUUUUUUUAGAAUAGUUUUAAUCAUGUAUUAGAGUCCUAAUAAGACGUUUUAUUUGUAUUAAAAAAAUAUCAACUUGAGGAACCUUUACUGGCUUCCGACCUAAAACUAAGGCUCUGUUUGCCUUGCGUAGUACAGUACCUUUUAAAAACACUGAACAGAAUAGAAUCACAUACUGCUGCGCAAUAAACUUAAUGAGGAAUCAAUGAUGUAUGUUUAAGUUGAGCUAAUACUGCUUUUAAGCUUAGUGACAUUUUAGAAAGUAAUUGUAGUUUGCAAAUCAUACAAUUAUUUCGGAUCAAAUUGCCUUUUCUCUUUAAAUGUAUUGGCUUACUACUGUGUAGUUUAAUGAGACACUACUGUGUUUUUUCUUCAGAUAUAAUCUAUUCCUUUUUAUUUAACAGGUUUUUUUGUACUGUCACUUAUGUGCUCUCAGCAUGAUUUAAAUAAUUCUCUGAGAGAAUUAAACUGAUAUUAAAUAAUGUCUCCGUCAAAUAAGUAACAUUGAACAUGUUUCAACUUGAGUUAUAACUAGCUGGUCUUAAGUUUAUGAAAGGUUUUGUAAAUUAUUUUACCCCGGCUUAACUGCUUAAAAGGGGUGUGAUAUUGUGUUGGCAGUAAACUUGUAACUUGUGAAAGUUAUGUAUAAAGUACAGUAUCCUAAAUUAAUAAGAUGUAAUAAAUCUUUUAAUAUCUCUUUAAAUCCA